UAGGAACCUGCGGGCUGCUGUUAAGCCACCUCUGAGGCCCGCAGUGGGCGGGGCUUGGCAAGCUCCGCCCAGCCGCGCACCUGAGCGGUUGCCCUGGUUGUUACCCUGGCAGCGGGCGCCUGUGAAUAGAGCUCACAGUUGGCCCAGCCUGGCGGCCGCCUCUCACCCCCUAUGCCUCGCCCUCUGUGAUCACCGGGCCACACGCUGGCUGACACACACACACUUUGCUGCUGCCUGUGUGCAGCGUAGCCUGCUCUGCCUGAAGAGACGCCAUUCAAUACUGGUGCCUAAGACCUUGUCUGGGGCCCAUCCCAGGAGACAGAGAUCAGGAGUCCCACCAGGCCCUCACAUACCAGGGAAGCAGGUGCUUAGAGAGAUCCAGCUCUCGAUGGCCUCUCGGACUGAAAGCUUUUGUCUUAGUCCAGAAAGCAUUGUAAAGAAGUGAGUGUUCAGACAUGGCUUUAGUAGACAACAGGCUUCAAAACUUACAGAUCUACAAACUUCUUCAGUGUGUCCGCAACAAAGACAAGAAGAUGAUAAAGAAACUGACCAAACUUGGGUACCCCGACCUAAUCAACUUCACUGAACCUGUUGAUGGACUGAGUGCUCUCCACUUGGCUUCGGUUUCCAAUGAUAUUGACAUGGUUAGCUUUCUCCUUGGACUUGGUGCUCACCCUGAUGUGCAAGAUCACAUGGGCUGUACUCCAACCAUGAGAGCUGCAGAGCUGGGCCAUGAUUUGUCAAUGGAAAUUUUAGCUAAAGCCAAAGCUGAUAUGACAAUAGUUGAUAAUGAAGGAAAAGGUGUGUUAUUUUACUGCAUUUUACCCACCAAGCGGCAUCAUCGAUGUGCACUGAUUGCCUUAGAGCAUGGCGCCGAUGUCAACAAUGUCACCUAUGAAGGAAAGCCGGUGUUCCUCAAAGCUUGUGAAGAAGCUCAUGAUGUGAAGGAUAUGUGCCUGGCGUUUUUGGAGAAAGGAGCCAAUCCUAAUACUAUCAACACAUCCACAGGGCGCACGGCUUUGAUGGAAGCAGCGAGAGAAGGGGUGUUGGAAAUAGUUCGAGGCAUAUUGGAAAGAGGAGGUGAAGUGAACACAUUUGACAAUGAUAGACAUCACGCUGCUCAUUUUGCUGCCAAAGGAGGCUUUUUUGAUAUAUUGAAGCUUCUCUUUGCCUACAAUGGUGACAUGGGGUUGAUUGGAAUGGAUGGUAACACACCACUUCAUUUUGCUGCUAUGGGUGGCUUUGCAGAUUGCUGUAAAUAUUUAGCUCAGCGAGGAUGUAAUCUGAAAUGGAAAAAUUUGGAGCAUAAAACCCCCAGAGCUGUAGCGAAAGAAGGAGGCUUCAAACUGGCCAGCAAAGAGCUACGGCGAGCAGAGCUGACUGCGGCGAAACUCGCCAAGCCUGGAGUGAAAAAUCCUAACCCACUAUGGGCUCUCAGACUGCACGACUGGUCCAUGGAGCAUGAGGCUUUCCUACGGGAAGCCUUUUCCCUGGUGGACAGGGGUGAUGGCGUAGUCAGCAAAGAUGACUUCGUAGUGACCCUAGAGGAGAGACAAGACUUUGUCACCUCGGAUCAGCUGAUUUCCAUCGCUCAAAUGCACGAAAAAGGCCGCGGAGGUGGGGUCAACAUAAAUGAGUUCUUUAAGGGAAUCAGAUACUUAGGUAAGACUUAUGUCUUAGGAUCAUUCGUGCCUAAGAAAAAGAAAAUGGGGUUGGGCAAAAGGCCGAGGAAAGGCAAGUUAGUUCUGCCUCUCCCAAUCUGUACCAUUCCGGAGAACGCCUUACCCAGGAGGCCAGAUGGAGGCCCGCCCUACUACAUGAUCGAGACCCAUCAGAACGUCACCGACUGCAGCAGGUUCAACAGGGACCACCCGCCUGAUCACCCCUUCCAGGACGACUCAAAGUGGUACAUGGAUGAUCCAGGGAAGGUCUUCGCAAAUAUUAAUUUUAUCGCCAAGGCGGGAGACCUGGCCUCUCUGAAAAAGGCCUUUGAAGCUGGCGUGCCUGUGGAUACGAAGGAUAGGUUUUACAAGACUCCCCUCAUGACAGCGUGUGCCACCGGCAACAUUGAUGUGGUCAAGUUUCUUCUUGAAAAGGGGGCAAAUGUCAAUGCAACAGAUAAUUUUCUGUGGACUCCCCUUCACUUCGCAUGCCAUGCUGGCCAGCAGGACAUUGUGGAACUUCUUGUUAAGGCUGGAGCUGUAGUAGAUGCCACGUCUAUCAGCAACUCCACUCCCCUAAGUAGGGCCAUCGAAAGCUGUAGGCUGGACACCGUAAAAUACCUACUUGACAUUGGUGCCAAAUUCCAGAUGGAAAAUAGAAGCGGACAUGCUGCCAUGGAUAUUGCAAAAGAAUAUGCUGACUAUAGAAUAAUUGAUAUGAUAAAAGAAAAGCUAGAUAACCUGCCUAAACCUAUGGAUAAUCAAAAGAUGAAAGGCAAGCUUCCUAAACUGAAGACUGAACCCACGGACAUUAAGAAGGAAGAGGAAACAUUGUCAUCACUUUAUGCUGUGCCUGCAGUACCAGAGGAAAAGAGAGUACCCAAGGAUAAUGUGGUUUUCCUCAAUUCACUCAUUACCAGUGGUUACACUAAGAAAGAUGAUAUCACAUAUUACCCACAAAGGAUUUGGAGUCCAGAGCCCACAACAGCAGAGCUGAUCAGGAAGAGGGAACUGCGGAGGGAGAGGUUCACAUACGAGGUGGACUUUGAAGACUUCAUGAUGCCUUUCCAGAAGAACAUCACGGAGAAAGCUCAAGCGUUGGAGGCAUCCUUCAAGAACUAAGUCACAGCAGUUGCCUCCUGGGAUAAGUGCUCUGUGGCCCAGAGCCCAGAGUUUGGAGAAAGUAUGUGUUUCCAUCCAAGGCAAAACAUUCCACUCAUUAAGAAUUUGUUAUUAAAGAUCAGUUUUUGCUGUAACAGCUAUAAAUAUCCUGAGUUGUAUCAAACAGCUCUCUUUCAUUUUGCAAUGAUGGCAGGUUAUCCAUAUAAAUGCCCAUCCUUCAUUAAGAGUGCAGUUGGCCACAUGGAAGUUAUAAAUAUUGUCAGUUUACCAGAUGUGCUCCAAUAGGUUUAUUAAAAAUUAUUCUAGUGCAAAUUCAAGGCCCAGGAUCAAUCCCCAGAACCACAUUUGAAAACAAAACCCACAAUAGAGAUUUUGAAAGUACACCUAUACAUUUUUUUAGAUAGGCAUACGUAGCACAUGCCUACAAUCACAGCACUAUUGAGGCGGAGGAUUACAACCUGGAGGCUAGCCUGGGCUAUAUAACAAGAGCCUAUCUCAAGCUAUACUAUAGAGCAACAUUAACAAAAACAGCAUGAAGCCACCUAAGUACCCAGGGUGAUUUAAACUUUAGAGCUGAUUCUGACUUGGAAAGAAGACAUGACAGGGUUCUGACAGGGAUAUAGGACCAGUAAAAAAGA